AUGGAGGGCGUACAAGAAGCAGCAGCAGCAGCAGCAGCAGCAGCAGCAGGUGCUGCUGCUGCAUUCAGCAGCAAGAGACUGGAUGACGAUAUUUUUGGGGAUCAUGGAUCAGAUGUUUCUGCAUGCGCUGCUGAUUGUCCCAAAGAGAGCAGCAGCAGCAGCAGCAGCAGCAACGGCAGCAGCAGGAAGCAUGAGGUGCCUGCCAGUGGAGUAGAGGACGAGGCACCAACGACAUCAGCAGAGGCAGCAGCCAUUCCUGCUGCUGCUGUUUCUGCUGAUUGUUCUUCUGCUGCUCCUGCUGCUGCUCUUGCUGCUGCUGCUGCUGCUGCUCCGCAUCUUGGCCAUCCCUCAGAGGCUUCUACGAGUGCAGCAGAGCCACAGGAGGGAGCAGCAGCAGCAGCAGGAUCUUCUACUGCAUCCUUUUUAGGAGAGGGUGUGGGGCCCCACACAGAGGCAGCAGCAGCAGCAGCAGAAGAUACAUUGUCUGCAGCAGCAGUAGGUGCAGCAGGCGAUGCAGCAGUAGCGGCAGAAAGUGCAUUGUCUGUAGCAGCAGGAGAUGUAGCAGCAGCAGCAGCAGCAGAAGAUGCGCUGUCUGCAGCAGCAGGAGAUGCAGCAGGAGAUGUAGCAGCAGCAGAGCAUGCAUCGUCUGCAGAAGCAGGAAAUGCAGCAGAAGAUGUAGCAGCAGCAGCAGCAGCAGGAAAUGCAGCAGAAGAUGUAGCAGCAGCAGAAGCAGCAGAGGAUGUAUUGUCUGCAGCAGCAGGAAAUGCAGCAGGAGAUGUAGCAGCAGCAGCAGCAAAGGAUGCGUUGUCUACAGCAGCAGGAGAUGCAGCAGAGAAUGCAUUAUCUGCAGCAGCAGUAGAUGCAGCAGAUGCAGCAGAUGCAGCAGCAGCAGCAACAGCAGCGGAAAGUGCUUUAUGUGCAGCAGCAGUAGAUGGGGAAGGAGAUGCAGCAGCAGCAGAUGCAGCAGAUGCAGCAGCAGCAGAUGCAGCAGCAGCAGAUGCAGCAGCAGCAGAUGCAGCAGCAGCAGAUGCAGCAGCAACAGAUGCACCAGCAGCAGAGCAUGUGUUGUCUGCAGAAGCACGAAAUGCAACAGAAGGUGCAGCAGCAACAGCAGCAACAGCAGCAGCAGCUGCUGCUGCUGUAGAAGAGUCAGCGGAUGUCCCCCCUGCUUUGGUUCUGCAUGCAGGAGCUGCAGAUACACCUCAUGAAGAGGGGCCCCCAGAGGGGUCCCUCGAGGGGGCCCCCUGGGGGCCCCCUAAGGAGGAGAGAGAGGCAGCAGAAUGCAUGCAUGAGGGUACAGAAUAUUUAUCUGCUGCUGCGUCUACUGAAUCAGAGGAGUCUCCUAAGACAAAGAGGAGCAGCAGCAGCAGCAACAGCAGCAGGAGUUGUACUGUGAGUAAGAGUGGGGGUAUAGUGAAGAAUAAGAGUAGCAGCAGCAGCAGCAGCAGCAGCAGCAGCAGGAGCAGCAAGGGCCUCCUUGAUAUAUUUUAUUCACGACAGAGGCAGCAGCAAAUAGAUGAAUUAAGGGGGAAGAAGGAAGCAAAGCAGCGGCUAGCUCGUUGGAGUCGUGCUGCAGCCCGCAGCAGCAGCAGCAGCAGCAGCAGUAGCAGCAGCAGCAGCAGCAGCAGCAGGUAUAGUGUCCUAUCACGUUUCCUUCGUAGCUCGUCAUUAGAGCAGCAGCAACUGCAGCAGCUGCAGCCGCAGCAGCAGCAGCAAAUGCUGCAGCUUCCUUUUAUGCGUCUAUCUUCUUGUAUAAGUAGGCCAACAGAUGCAGUGCAUGUGCUGCAGCAGCUGCAGCAGCAGCAGCAGGAUCAUCUACAGCAGCAGCAGGAGCAACUGCAGCAGCAGCAGUACCUGCUGCGCCAGCUGCAGCAAAGAGCAGCAGAGAGGCCCCGGGGGCCCCUCAUAGCAGCAAGAUCACAGAUGCUGCAGUGGGAGCAGCAGCAGGAUGCAUUAGCUCGUCGCUGCUGCUCCUCUGCUGCGCUGCAGCAGCUGCAGCAGCAGCAGCAGCAACAACGACAACAAUGGCAACAACUGUUGCAGAUGAAAGAGGAUGGAGAAGAAAACAACCAGCAGCAACAGCAACAGCAACAGCAACAGCAGCAACAGCAACAGCAGCAGCAGCAGCAGCAAAAGAGGGAUGUUGCUGCUGUAUUGGGGCUUAGGAGGAAGCAGCGCAUGCAAAGUCUUCCUUCUCGUCCUUCUAUAUGGUCAGCAGUUGAGUCUGCUGCUGCUGCUCCUGCUCCUGCUCCUGCUGCUGCAGCAGCAGCAGCAGCAGCUGCUGCUGCUGCUGCUACUUUUGCUGAUGGGAACGAACGGGCUGUAUGCCCAACUUCUGUAGCAGCAGAGUUGGGGGGUGUUGCUUCCGAGGCAGCAGCACAAGCAGCAGCUGCUGCUGCUGCAGCAGCAGCAGCAGCAGCAGAAUUUAAGGAAUGUGUAGAUACCUUUGUGUCUCUCCGUAGGACAGUUAGCGAUAGCAGUCUCCUCUCUUCCCGCUGCAGCAGCAGCAGCAGCAACAGCAACAGCAUCAGCAGCAUAAGCAGCAAAUUAACAACAACAACUAACAGCAGCAGCAACAAAAACAACAGCAGCAACAGCAGCAGCAGCAGCAGCAGCAGAAGGAAGCCUCGUUGGGCAGGAGAGAGAUUAUCUAGUCGUGUAGGUAUACAAGAAUUAUUAGAUAAAGCAUUAAAUGUAGGUGGUGCUGCUGCUGCUGCUGCUGCUGCUGCACCUGAAGGUGCUGCUGCAGUUGCGGUGUCUGUUGAGGUACUGGUGGGGUGUCUGCAGCAGCGCGUGCUGCAGGGGCAGCAAAGGGCCCGUCUUUUCUUCUUAAUAUUUAAGAAUAAAAAUAAUAAAUUAUUUAGGCAAGUAUCUAAUAUAAUCUAG